CAAAGUAUAGUGCUUCAGUGCGGAUGUAGACGACAUGGAGGAACAGCUCAGAAUUGCAGGGAAAAGACGCACGAAAGCUGCGGUUUGAAAGCUGGGAAAACCCGAGGAUCACAUCACGGCCUGUACCUGGGGCGGAAAAGUGUUGCCAAUAUGGCUGAAGACCCGCAGAGGAACUUCAGGUCAGCGUAUUAUGAAAAGGUGGGCUUCAGGGGAGUGGAGGAGAAAAAGUCACUUGAAAUUCUCUUGAAGGACAAUCCACUUGAUGUGGAAAAGUUAAGCACAUUCAGUCAGAGGUUUCCAUUACCCUCGAUGUACAGGAUCCACGUAUGGAAAGUCCUGCUUGGUAUCCUGCCUCCACACAGCGAUUCUCACUCUCUGGUAGCCCGGUACAGGCGAGAGCAGUAUAUGGAUAUAAAAGAAGCUCUUCUGGCCAUGCGAUUUGUGCACACCGUCACGCCUCACACCGAGCUCUACCUUCGCAUGCAUCAGCUGGAAAACCAACAGUUGCCUUGUCGGUCAGAGCUCACACAACCUGAUGAAGAUUUCUUGGCUAUCGCCAGGGUUAUGGAGGAGAUUGUAGAGGAUCCGGUGGACUGCUAUUGGCUGAUUAGGUGCUUUGUCAGCCAGUUUAAUCACAAGUUUGGCGAUUCCAUACCUCACCUGCCCAAGAGUCUGGAGCAUUUCCUCUCCCAGGAGGACAGCCGUCUUUUGUCCCAUCUGAAAACUUCAGGCAGUCUGACUGUCCUGCCCUAUUCCCUUUGGUUCAGGCGCUGUUUCGCAGACUGUCUGCCAGAGUCCAGCCUUCAGAGAGUUUGGGACAAGGUGAUCAGCGGCUCGUGUAAAAUCCUCGUGUUCGUUGCCAUGGAGAUCUUGCUGAGCUACAAGAUCAAGCUCAUGGGAAUGAGUCAACCAGAUGCUGUGGUGAACUUCCUGAGCCAUAUGCCACAAGAGAACACAGACGCCAUAGUGACCAAAGCCAUAGAACUGUGGCACAAGUACUGCGGGACUCCCAUGCACGCUGUUUAAAACCUACGCACUCGAUCUUCAGACUCGACACCUCCGUGGUUACGUUUGCAUGCAGCUUUAUAACUCGACCGACAGCUCCGUCAAAAAAAAAAAUAGAAAAUGUUCAGUCAGACAUUAAGCUUUCCUACACAGGGUCGUGGAAGAGCCUGGAGUGUAUCCCAGGUACUUGGGGCACAAUGGAAAGGACAAUCACAUACAAACACAUUCACACACUACAGAUAAUUUAGAGAUGCCAUCUGCCUACAACUCAAGUCGAUCGACUGAGGGAGGAAAAUGAAGAACCUGGAGGAAUGUCGGAUGAAGCAAACCCCCAACCACAGAUGUGAUCCCCUGGGAUUAUUUUAUGCAUGCAUAUUAUUAAAAAAACUCUUAGUAUUGAAACUCAAGGUUAAAAUAUUAUCUACAUAUAAAAAAACAAUAUGACUUAGACCUAUAUAUAAAUAUGUAUAUUAACAGUGAACUUUCAGUGAACUUUUUUCCAACAUAAUGUACAUUCAAUAGCAUUCAGUUAAACAGAAACAUAACUUGAUGCUACGUUAUACCUCAAAGAAAAGUGUGUUUUUUACUC